GGCAACUGUGAAAUCUCUCUGAAAUUCUUUGGUUGCGGCUCUAAUGUUUCAUGCCAGAAAUGAGCCGAGAGACCCUGAACCUGACAAGCGAUGUGUCGAAAUACUUCCAGACGACGUGGCUUUUCUUGAUGUACGGAAAUAUAUUUCGCAAGACCUAUUGACCUCUUCACAGGUCGAGUCACACCAACAGAAGAGCCGCAUUCACUCAACGAGCACUAUUCCGUGACUUGGAAACGGUGAAGCGGAGUGAAAGUUCACUGUAGCCUCUUCAGUGCACGGGCGACUGCUCUCUCCCCCUUCGAUAAAGUGGUACACUCUCUCACUGGUUUUCUUACUCCACCACUAAUUAGCCACCAUCUUUGACCAUCAAUCUACUACGACCCAUCACCACUCGGGAUCGAGUCUCAAGAUCAACACCCUUAUGCAGUUCAAUCCCACGAACAUCAUUACACCCACCAUGUCUGAGGAGGACAAGACCAGAACUAGUAAGGUGGACCAAGUCUUCAAGGGCAUUCACCGUCGCGUAUCCAGCUCCGGAAAAUACACAAAACCGAAUAAGGCCCCCACUGAGACGUUGGCGGCGAUCGCGGACGAAGCCUUUUCUUCCCACUCGUCGUCACCCUUCAGCUCGCUCAAGAGCCUUCCCAAGCGUCGAAACGACGAGCGUGACACCCGGCUUCUUUCCCUGGACAAGCUGAUGAAUGGUACCGCGGUAACCGAAAAGCACAGGCUCUGGUUCGAAAAGCUCAACAUCGCCGUCAGGACCCUGAUGAACUCAUCAGACUACGACCCUUCGCACGACUACGAGCACAUCCAGCGAGUCGUCCUCAAUGCGCACCACAUCUGGGGCGCCGAGAAGCAUCGCGAGGAGUUCUGCAAUAUCGACCCCUUAGUCAUCUUCGUCGCGGCUAUGGUACACGAUGUCGCGGAUGACAAGUACCUAGUUGAUGAGCUUGAGCUUGAGCUUGAGCUUCAAAAGGAGGUGACAGAUCAUGACAAACAAGAGCGGCAAAGGGACGCCGUUGAGGCGUUCAUCAAGAAAGCUGCUCCUGAAUGCCCACCCUACAUUCGGGGUCCAGCGACACACGUUGCAGCUUUGGUCUCUUUCACACGUGAACUGCGCAGACCCGAACUUAUUGCUCAGCAAUGUAUGGCAUAUCCUGCUCUGCAGAUCGUGCAAGAUGCCGAUCGUCUUGAUGGCUUGGGUGCGCUAGGAAUUGUACGUGGCACAGUGUACGGGGGCGCGAAUCAGCCGCGUGGUAAUGGUACGGUCCGACGGGUCUGUCAUGUAGUUGACGAGCGUCAUUCCCAAUAUGUGGCGAUGAUGAAGACGCGUACGGGCAAGAAGGAGGCGAGCAAGCGCUGGAAUACGAUGGAGGAGAUACGGGACCAGAUUGUGGCGGAGGCGGACUGUAGGAGCGUGCUGGAAGAGAACUGAGUCUGGAAAAAGACUGCGAAAGGGGAAAAAUUCCCGCGGAAGAUGACUGGAUGCUUACAGUCUUAGCAAAAGUUGCCUUUCCUGUCGACGCGUUGUUCGUGGUGUAUACAGAGAUAGACGAAUGAAUCAUACUCCAAAAGAGAUCGAGGAUCUUCGUUGAUUAGGAAGAAUGACUAGCAGGAGCGUGCGUGAUUUAAACUCUGAAUGAAUAUAAUGAUGCAAAACGGGAAGCUUUACUGUCAGCCUCGUGCAUGAGCCAUGGAGGUGGUGUACCUCGUUUCGAGGGGCACUGCUUUCAGCGAUUCUAUCGAUCGACGAGCACUGCCUGUCUCAAGUUCUAUCCGCGCUCGGAAAACGAGCUUGUCUGUUUGCAACAAAAUUGUGAGGAUGUUUGUGG